AUGGGAAGCACCCAACAGCUGCCACAGGGGUCGGCAUUUACAACCCAAGCAUCAUCAAAUGGAUUGCCAUUCAACGCUAAAAAAUUGUUGUCACGAGACUCUUCUCAACAAAAGAAACUACCACAGCCAACGCAACAAAACAAGUCUGUGAAGAUGAAGCAAAAGCCUAAGCACCAAAUAUUGAGACAAUUCAAGUUAAUUUCAGUAAAUUUCAAGGAAGCUGCGUUGGAUAGUCCCAGCUUUCGUGCAUCCAUAAACCAUUUGGAUGUCCAAUUGAUGAAUAUAGAGCAAUGGUUAGUAGCCAUAAGCUCAUCCUUAAAGAAGAUGCCAAGAUACAUCAAGGAAGUAGAAACCUUUUGUGACUCGUUUUUGGAGUACCUAUUUCCAAGCUUUUUACAAGAUGGAUUCAUUGAUCAAGAAUACAGCUCCCAGGCCCUACAAGCAACCUUAGCAGGAUUAAAACAAAUUUGGGGAAAAAGCUUGUUUGCUUUGAAUAUCAAUCCUUCAAUUUUGAAUGAAUUGACUCAGUUUCGAAUCACGAAUGUGGUCAGGUACCGAGAGUUGCGUCGAAAAUUUGAAAUGAGUCAAAGAAAGUAUGACAGAUAUAUGAAUGUAUUUGCAAGUUCAUCAAAGUCAAAAGAUGCAGUGAUGGUUAUGGAAGAUGCCAAACAAUUGUACCAAGUACGCAAAGAGUAUUUACAUAUAUCGCUUGAUGUUGUCUGUGAAUUGCAAAAUAUGAGUGCGAUUUUGGAUAAACUACUCGUGUCACUAGUUACCAGUCUCUGGGAAAAAAAAUAUGCUGUUUUUGCAUCAAAUGAACCUGGUGAUCCAUUAAGGAGGCAUUAUGAACAGAUUCAGAGAGUGCAAGGGUGGAGCAAUUCAAUCGCCACUGCAUCAAAUGAGCUCAAAAAUGAUAUGUUACUAGCGCGCAAGCAAGUUGAGGAUGGGUCGAAUACCCAAUUUCAACCUUCUUUGAAUGCCAAUGAUUAUAAAGUAUCUACCAUAAGCUACAAAUCUUUACAAGACAUAAACGAACCAGCCAUUGAAAAGCAUGGCUAUUUGUUUAUGAAAACGUGGACGGAGAAAAGUGCUAAGCCAAUUUGGGUGAGGAGAUGGUGUUUCAUCAAAAAUGGGGUUUUUGGUAUGUACUUGUUGAGUCCGUCCCAAAUCUCGGUACAGGAAAGUGAUAAGAUUGGUAUUUUUCUUUGCAAUAUGCGUUACGCACCAAACGAAGACCGAAGAUUUUGUUUUGACUUGAAAACGAGUGAAAUUACGGUCACAUUGCAGGCCGAAUCGCUUAUUGAACUAAAGUCAUGGUUGAAGGUGUUUGAGAAUGAAAAGGACCGCAUUUCUGCAUUGCCACCAGACGACGAUUUAUUCAGGGUCGCCUCCACUAGAUUCCCACCAAUAUUUGUAGAAUUUGCAUCCACUGAAAAUACGACCAUGGAUCUGGAAUUAUCUAGUACAAAGGUGGUAAACUCAAGUGGACAGGCAAUAGUAUCCAGCUCAAUGUUGCGCAACGUAGACAAAUUUGGUAAAAUGUAUGGAGUUGAUUUGUAUGCGGAUAUGCCUCGUGUACACCCACCAUUUAUGACUGAUAGAACUAAAGAAUCCUUCGUUGCGUACUGUACCAGCUUUAGGGCCAUUGACAUUCCUCAAGCAUUGACAGCAAAUGUGUGGGGGUCUGUCAAUUGGGGGCUUUAUUAUCUUCAUGGGGCAAUUGACCACACUGAUGCUUUUCCAUCACAACGAAUUUCGAAAGAUCAGUCAAUGAUAGAUUAUCAAGAUAAAUACAAGGGCUCAGCGGUUCCCUAUCCUCAGUUUUACCCAAGAGAAUUGAUUACAUUUGACAUUCAAAUGCGGGCAUUAUUUGAGAACGUAGUAGAAGCCGGCGAAUACUGUAUCAUGUCUUUUUGCUGCAUUUGGGCCCCCAAUUCAAAACAGGAGUUAAGCGGUCGAUCCUUUUUGACUACACAUCACAUUUAUUUCUAUAUGCAGGCUCUGGGAUUUGUUGCAUUGUAUAAAGCAUAUAUUGGUGAGUGUGUGUCCAUUGAAGUUGGAAGUCAAUCGGACUUUGACACCUUGAAAGUUUACACUGUGGAUGGGACUAUAAAAUUAAAGUUGUUCAUGGAAGAUGCAAAAAUGAUACAGAGGAAAUUCCUUUAUCUCAUUGAUAAUGUCGUUAGCGACAAUCCCAAGAAUCUUGAAGAAGUGUUGACAAAAUUCAGGGAAAUUGAAGCAAGUAUUCACCAAGAGGAACUUGAUAGGAAGAUAAUUCAAGAGAUUAACAAGUUGACAAGAAACUUGUCGAACAAAGCUUUGAUAAACAAUAGGUUGUUGAUAGGCGGAGAUACUGCUUCGAUCUCUCCCAACAAAACGGGCAAGACAACCUCAUACCAAAUCGAUUUUACCCCGCAAUUUUAUUUGGUGGGUGAAAGGACAUACUCGUUACCUCCAAAGGCUAUAUUUCAUGCUUUACUAGGUGACGAUUCGGACAUAUUCAAUAGAGAAACCGCAACUCUUAAAUUUGGGUUUGAGGUGAAGAAGCCGUGGAGAAUUGACAACAAGAAUGGGAAUAAUUUAUAUCGAGAAGGAGUAAAGCCAGUUUUGCUAAAUGGAAAAAAGAAGCUAUUGAAAUAUGCACAGGUAAUUGAAAGGAUGGAAGAUAACGCGUAUUACGUCUUUACCAACAAGCUUUCACAUUUUGAUUUUUGCUUCGGUUCACCGUUUACCACCUUGGGGAAGUACGUCGUGGUUGGUGUAGCUGGGAAACGCACAAAGGUUUACUUCUACUCGCAGACUAUUUUUGAAUACAACUCCUUUUGGAAUCCGCUCAUUAAGCAGGUUGUUAGAAGCAUAGCUUUAGAUCAAGUGUCGAAAAUUAAUCACAAAUUACGGAGUUCAGUCAAAGCCAUAGGAACACACGGGCAGAUUGUGAAAGCAAUUUACUUGUAUGGGAAAUUGAGUCAUACAAGCGAUCCAGAAACCGAGGAAGUUCCCACAGAAAUUCCAGUUAUAAAACUUGGCAUAGACGAUUGUUGGAAUUUGCUAGUGCAUAGGGUUUAUUCAUUUUGCAAAGAUUUGAUAAUUGGGUUGAUUUCUUUGGCUAUCCAGCUCAUACGGAUCACAAUUAGGAGUCUCAAGUCCAACCAAAUUUACCUCGUGAUGAUAAUUGCCUUAAUGUGUUCCAAUAUAUUCUUGUUAGGCAAAACAAGUGUAACUUAUUGGACAGUACACAAGGGCAAUUCUUUGGCCCAAGACUUUGUGAAACAAAACCCCUUGAUGUUGCAAAGAGCUGUCUAUUCGCAAGAUGUGAUAGACGAAUUCAAGACUCGAAUGAGUGCAUUAAACUCGACAAUUUCAAGUAGUAAACCUUUUCAACUUUUUGAGAAUGAGUCGUUCACAUACAAUUACCAGAAUUUAUCAAAAUUGUUUGACAAUAAUGAAAUUCCAAGAAAGAGUGAUGUUCAGGAAAUACACAAUAAAUUGCGGUCUGAAUUUAGAGCAAUUGGUAUAGAGCGGUACAAUUUGUUGGUAGAAUUGAGGCUUUUGCAGAACAAGGAAAAAGAAAUUGCACAAAGAGAGUUUACGAAUUGGUUGGUAAAUGAGCUUGACAGGUGCGAUUCCAUGCAAGAAUAUGUCACUUCUGGAGUAAAAGCUAACAAGAAGAGGAAAAAAGCAAAUGGGUUUGGUGGCAAUUCUCAGCAAAAUCGAGAGUUGAUAGAAGGGGUAGAUGAAGUUGUCAGCUACUGUAAUAAUUGCAGGAAGGUAUUAAGCGAGUUGUUAUAA